AGAGUUUUCAUCGUCAUGCCACACCCAGCGAAGUCUUCCCCGGCCCCGAAAAAGGGCUCCAAGAAGGCGGUGACCAAGGCGCAGAAGAAGGACGGCAAGAAGCGCAAGCGCAGCCGCAAGGAGAGCUACUCGGUGUACGUGUACAAGGUGCUGAAGCAGGUGCACCCCGACACCGGCAUCUCGUCCAAGGCCAUGGGCAUCAUGAACUCGUUCGUCAACGACAUCUUCGAGCGCAUCGCGGGCGAGGCGUCGCGCCUGGCGCAUUACAACAAGCGCUCGACCAUCACGUCCCGGGAGAUCCAGACGGCCGUGCGCCUGCUGCUGCCCGGGGAGCUGGCCAAGCACGCCGUGUCCGAGGGCACCAAGGCCGUCACCAAGUGCACCAGCGCCAAGUAAUCCUGACAAAAUGUCUUCGUAUUGAACCCCAAAGUCUCUUUUAAGGGCCAGCCACAAAGAGGGCUUAGAUUUGGUAGGACUGUUUUGUUAGUGCUAUGUUGUGGUAAAAAGAAACUGGUUGCUUUCCACGUUCAUCAUUGUACCCUUCUAGGAGUUUUAUUUGCUUAAGGCAGUAUAACUUGCAAAUAAUAGUGGGAACGGGCCUAUGCAAGAAAACUGAAAAAUGAACAUCACUGACUCCAAGACGGGGUCACUUAAUUGUACUGAGCAUUCUCCGAAGGCUUGUUAAAUGAAAGGUGAUCGUUGGCAAAACGCCACAGUAAUGAUGCCGGCCGUCCAGGAAAGAAACAGCCUUUAUACUGAUAUUUUGGGGUCUCUCCCUUAAAAUUGUUAUUUUCAUCCAGGGUGGACUUUAUGUCAGGUUUUUUUUCUAUCUUGACCAACAAAAACUCUUUUUAAAUUAAAAAACAAAAA